AUGGCCAACCUGCUGGAUGAUGCAAGGGGGAUUUUCCACAAACACCCCAAUCUCCUUGCACUGUAUCACAAUCUGAAUCCAAUGCUCAAUCAAUCAGUCAUAAACUUCCAAACUGAAGUGACCGUCAAACCACCUACCCUGACAACCCUUUGCAAACAUGAGAUGUCCCUUUUGCCGGAUCCAGUUGACUCUGAGGACAUAGGGCAGGGGUCCUGGGUUACCACUGAGCCUACUCCUGCUGCUGCAACUACCACCACUGCUCCCAUUGUUGCUACUCCAACUGAUGCUACCUCCAUCAUUGCUACCCCCAUCAUUGUUACCCCCAUCGUUGCAGCUGUUUCCCCCAUUGCUGCCACUGUUGCUCCCAUUGCUGCUGCUGUUGCAUUGAAUGCAACCAUGCUUCAACACCCUCAAAGGCAAUGGCAACUGCCUUUAAGGUACCAUGACAACAGCCCAGUUCGUACUGGCCAUAUGCCAUAUGAUGGUGAAUAUAUCGACAUUGACAAUGUCUCUGGGGGUGAAGAGGAUGACUUGCCUGCACCCAGAGUUAGGGCUCCUCCGGUUCCCAGCCCUAUGCAGACAGCAGCUAGCACGAUCUACUCUACCCAAGUUGAUCCCUUGGCCAUGGGUGCCUGA